CAUCCAUUCCCCGUUACAUGACCCGACCCGCUUCCCCAAUGACCCGAACUGAGCAUCCAACUCGGAUCCUCCCCCUUCCUCCGAUCUCCUCCCUCUCCCGAACAACCCUAGCUUGCCUCAACGCCAAACUCACCGCCGACGAAGACCUCCACCACCUCGCUCCUGUUCUCGUCUCGGAGCUCCGAACCGAGUGCGAUAGCCUCGACCGGAGUCUCUCUGAUCUCAGCCACCACUUCAACCAAUUACUCGCUGAUUAUUCUUCGCAUUCCAAUCAAAUCGGUUCCAAUUUUGAGGCUAUUAGGUGUAAAUUAUCUGAUCUUCGCUCUUCCACUGUCUCCUCUGCUUCUUCUUCAUCAGAUGGAGGGUCUGGAAGAUUACUUGGGGAGGAGCUGCCGGCAUUGGCGAAGGAGGUGGCGAGGGUUGAAGCCGUGAGGACUUAUGCAGAGACAGCGUUAAAACUUGACACUUUGGUGGGUGACAUUGAAGAUGCUGUCUCUGUAACUUUAAACAGAACACUAAGGAGGCAUCCAUCUUCUAAUAAACUAGAAGAUACGCGUGUCAGUGCUAUUAGAACUCUUAAACUGACAGAAGCCAUUCUCUCUUCCAUUGCAAAGUCAAAUCCCCAGUGGACUCGACUUGUUUUAGCUGUUGAUCACAGAGUAGAUCGAGCUUUAGCUGUUCUUAGACCACAGGCAGUCGCAGAUCAUCGAUCUCUUCUUGCUUCCCUAGGAUGGCCACCAUCUCUAUCAUCUUUAAAUUCAUCGAGUCUCAAUGUAAAAGGAUCGGGUGAAGUCCAAAAUCCCCUUUUCACAGUGGAAGGGGACCUCAAACACCAAUACUGCAAAAGUUUUCUGGCUUUGUGUAGUCUCCAAGAACUGCAAAGACAGAGAAAGUCUCGUCAGCUUGAAGGACAUAAUAGAGAAGUUGCAUUGCGCCAGCCUCUUUGGGCUAUUGAAGAGCUCGUCAAUCCUAUAUUCAUUGAUUCUCAACACCACUUCUCAAAAUGGAUUGAUAAGCCUGAGUUCAUUUUUGCCCUUGUGUACAAAAUCACUCGAGACUAUGUGGACUCCAUGGAUGAUUUAUUGCAACCACUGGUUGAUGAAGCAUUGUUAUCUGGCUACAGUUGUAGAGAAGAAUGGGUCUCUGCUAUGGUAACUUCCUUAUCAACAUAUUUGGCAAAAGAAAUACUCCCUAUGUAUGUUGCCCAGCUGGAGGAAGAGAGUAUCUCGGGAAUUCGUUCACAGGCACGAAUAUCUUGGCUACAUCUUAUCGACUUGAUGAUCUCAUUUGAUAAACGAAUUCAGUCUUUGGUAGCACAUUCUGGAAUCUUGGUUUCUUUACCAGAAGAUGAGAACCAGCACAAAAUAUCAUCGCUCUCUGUGUUCUGUGACAGACCUGACUGGCUUGAUUUGUGGGCUGAGAUAGAGCUCAGUGACACUAUUGACAAAUUGAAACAAGAGAUGGAGGAUGAAAGAAGCUGGUCUACUAAAUCUCUGGGUGCUGCUCUUUUAUCAGGUCAAGAAGAUAGCAAGUCGCCGCCAAUUUCCAGUGUUAUCCUGCGUCUUCUGUCUUAUGUGGUUGAUCGUUGUCGAUCACUGCCCAGCAUCUCAUUGAAGUCAAGGUUUGUUAGAUUGACAUGUGUGCCUAUAAUACAGAAGUUCUUGGAUUGCUUACUUCUCAGGUGCCUUGAGGCUGAGGGAUUGACAGCUCUGACGGAUGAUGAUGCUUUAGUCAAAGUUGCAAUAUCACUUAAUGCUGCUCGUGGUUUUGUGUCUAUUUUGAAAGAAUGGUGUGAGGAUGUCUUUUUCCUUGAAAUGGGAUUGGACCAGGAUGAUCAGUUGGAAACAUCUGGCAUAGGUGAUUUUAGUGGAAGAUCAAUGGAAGCAAAAGGAGAGAAUGAUAUUGUGAAGGAAGUGGACAAGCUUGAGAGAUUUAGAGUAGAAUGGAUAGAGAAGUUAUCAACAGUUAUUUUGCGUGGAUUUGAUGCUUCUUGUCGAGAUUACAUGAAAAACAGAAAGCAAUGGCAGGAAAAGGGUGAAGAAGGGUGGGGUGUGUCUAGAUUGUUUCUUGGGGCUUUAGAGUAUCUUCAAGGAAAAUUGUCAGUACUGGAAGAAAAUUUGAAUGCAAUGGACUUUGUUAGGGUGUGGAGAUCUUUAGCUAGUGGUCUUGACCAAUUUAUAUGUGGUGGUAUUUUUCUGAGUAAUGUGAAAUUCAAUGAUGGGGGAGUUAAGAAGCUUAGUAAUGAUUUGGAAGUACUGUUUGGGGUGUUCUGCACAUGGUGUUUGAGACCUGAAGGCUUCUUUCCCAGAACAAGUGAGGGAUUGAAGCUAUUGAAAAUGGAAAAGAAGCUACUUCAAAAUGGUUUGGCUGGGGGAGAAAGAUGGUUGAAGGAUAAUAGAAUAAGCCAUUUGAAAGCAGGAGAGGUAGAAAAAAUUGUGAAGAACAGGGUGUUUGGCUGAUGAAUCAUCCUUGUUAGAGUAUUUUCAGUGGUUGAACACACCUAUAAAUCACUCUGGUGAAAAUAUUUACAGUAAGCCAACUGAAAGCAGGAGAGGUAGAAAAAGUUGUGAAGAAUAGGGUAUACAGAUGAUGGGUCAUCCUCAUUAGAGUAUAUUCAGUGGUUCAACACACUCAGAUAAUUUUGGUGAAGAUAUUUUUAGAGAAAGUAGAACAUAUUGGAGAUGGAUAUAGGAGGUGCAGCAGGUUUUUUCCAUUUAACUUUCCUGAUGAACUUCAACUGUUCUUUCCAGUUAGUAUGAAAAUUAGGUUGGUUAUUGGUUCAUGUUUUGUCAGGGCUAUUAGACUCUAGUUCAAGCUUGCUGAUUUUGAAAAUCUUUAGCUACUUUAUCUUAGGAACAGGCUAGCUUGUUUGGCAAUAUGUUAAGGAUAACUCUCUCCUCUUUUUCCCACCUCAAUUUGGAAUUUCCAGGUGCUCUGUACGAUACAUGUACGGUUGGUCAUAGCUCCAGGAAUACCUCUUUUUGUUCACAAAAAACUUAGGAUUAAUGCACUUUUCUUCGUAGACUA